AAUCUGGAUGGGAUGGAGGCGAAGAAAAAACGGUUUGACAGCUAACCAGUCAGCAGAGGGAGAGCUUCCUGCAUAUAGUUUUGUUAUUUGGGUUGUUGGCCUGUUCUUGCCGUUCCGUCGAAUUCAGUCCCAUCAUGACAUCCACCAUAGACGAAAGCAAUAAGGAAAAGAUGCGCUCUGUGUCUGUGGAUCUAAACCAUGAUGCCUCUCUUCUCAUCGACAUUCCUGAUGCACUCUGUGAAAGGGACAAAGUCAAGUUCACUGUCCAUACAAAGACCACCCUUAGCUCUUUCCAGAAGCCAGAGUUCUCCGUUCCCAGACAGCAUGAAGACUUCAUCUGGCUGCAUGACACUCUGGUUGAGACGGAGGACUAUGCUGGCCUAAUAAUUCCUCCAGCGCCCCCCAAACCUGACUUUGAGAGCCCAAGAGAGAAGAUGCACAAACUGGGGGAAGGUGAAGCCACUAUGACUAAGGAGGAGUACACUAAAAUGAAGCAGGAGCUGGAGGCUGAAUACCUGGCUGUGUUCAAGAAAACUGUCCAAGUGCACGAAGUCUUCCUGCAGAGAUUGUCCUCUCACCCCAUGUUAAGCAAAGACAGAAACUUCCAGAUUUUCUUAGAGUAUGAUCAGGAUCUCACUGUGAGAAGAAAGAAUGCCAAGGAAAUGUUUGGAGGAUUCUUUAAAAACAUGGUGAAGUCAGCUGAUGAGGUCCUUAUCUCAGGAAUAAAGGAAGUUGAUGACUUUUUCGAGCAGGAGAAGACAUUCCUGCUUGACUACUACAGCAAGAUAAAGGAUUCCACUGCCAAGGCAGAGAAAAUGACCCGUUCGCACAAAAAUAUUGCGGAUGAUUACAUUCACAUCUCUGCGACUCUGAACAGUCUCGCUGCUGAUGAUAGCACAGCAAAUAAAAAGCACCUGGAGAAGUUGUCAGACCUGUUUGAGAAGCUCAGAAAAGUAGAGGGAAGAGUAGCAUCUGACCAGGAGCUGAAGCUCACAGAGCUGCUCAGAUAUUACAUGAGAGACAUCCAGGCUGCCAAGGACCUUCUUUACAGGCGAGCCCGGGCGUUAGUUGACUACGAGAACUCGAACAAGGCUUUGGAUAAGGCUCGACUGAAGAGCAAGGACAUUCCCCAGGCAGAGGAGCACCAGCAGCAUUGUCUGCAGAAAUUUGACAAGCUCUCAGAGUCUGGGAAGAAAGAACUCACCAGUUUCAAGGGCAGGCGUGUUGUGGCCUUCAGGAAGAACCUCAUAGAGAUGGCUGAGCUGGAGAUAAAACAUGCCAAGAACAAUGUGACUCUAUUGCAGGGAUGCAUUGACCUGCUCAAGAGCAACUGACAAGCAUUGACGUGUUCCUGUCCUACCAUCACCAAGUGACCAGUCAUAGAAAACGUAAACCUGGCGUCCCCGGGGCCUUGCAUGGACAUGAAUCCAAGCCCUAUCUCUGCUCCCAACCAUGGGUCUGAUGCCACUUUAAAAUCCUGCACAAGACCAAGUGUCUUGUAAGCAGAAUGUCUUCAUGUUUACAGAGUCCCUGUCCUCUGGUCCACGGUCCAUUCUUUUCCAUUAUUUAUGGAAGUCUAACUCGAUGUGACUGCCUCCAGAGAAUGAGGCUGCCAACAUUAAGGUCUUCCAUUCCUUUGCAACACCAAUAGAGGUGAUUAUUGUUUUUUUCUAAUUUGUUUUCUCCUUUUUACAUUAUGCACAAAGUAAAAAAUCUUGCCUUUUUUUGAGCGUAUUUAGCCUCCAUAAACUCUAAGCUCUUCUCUCAUGUACACUUUUAAAUACCCUUUUUUUUUUUUUUUUUUUU